AGGGUUUUAGACGACGACGACUCUGGUUUCCGCUACAGCCCAUAAGCGCUCUCUGCUUCUUCGGAUUCGCCUUCGCCUUCGCCUUCUUCAUCCCUAGUAGAGCGAGCGAGAGAAAGAGAGGGGGUGGGGGAAAAUGCUGGACAUCAAUCUGUUCAGGGAAGAGAAGGGGAACAACCCCGAGAUCAUCCGCGAGUCCCAGCGCCGCCGCUUCGCCAGCGUCGAUCUCGUCGACGAGAUCGUCCACCUCGACAAGGAGUGGCGCCAGCGUCAGUUUGAGCUCGAGAAUCUGCGCAAGGACUUCAACAAGAUCAACAAGCGUGUGGCACAGCUCAAAAUCUCCGGUGAGGAUGCGUCGGAGAUGAUAGCGAAUACCAAUGAGAAUAAGAAGUUGACUGCCGAGAAAGAAGUUGAAGUCCGUCAAGCCUGGGUGGCCUUAAAAUCGAGGCUCGAAGUAGUUGGGAACCUUGUGCAUGACUCCGUACCUGUUAGCAACGAUGAGGCAAAUAAUGCAGUUGUUAGGACAUGGGGAACAAAAAGGCUGGAGCCCAAGCUAAAGAACCAUGUUGAGCUUGUGGAUCUUCUCGAAAUUGCGGACUUGAAAAAAGGUGCUGACGUGGCUGGGGGUAGAGGGUUCUACUUAAAGGGGGACGGUGUACGUCUUAAUCAAGCUCUGAUUUGUUUUGGACUGGAUUUCUUGGAGAAAAGGGGCUACACGCCCCUACAAACACCUUUCUUCAUGAAACAAGAUAUCAUGGCAAAAUGUGCUCAAUUGGCACAAUUUGAUGAGGAACUCUACAAGGUAACCGGAGAGGGAGAUGACAAAUAUCUCAUUGCUACUGCCGAGCAGCCACUCUGUGCUUAUCAUCUUGAAGAUUGGAUCCAUCCGUCCCAGCUACCAAUAAGGUAUGCUGGAUAUUCAUCUUGCUUCCGCAAAGAGGCUGGUUCCCACGGUCGUGAUACUUUAGGAAUUUUCAGAGUUCAUCAAUUUGAGAAAGUAGAGCAAUUUUGCAUCACCAGUCCAAUUGGCAAUGAGUCUUGGGAAAUGCACGAGGAAAUGAUAAAAAAUUCUGAGGAGUUUUACCAGGCGCUUAAGAUCCCAUAUCAAGUCGUGGCAAUUGUUUCUGGUGCUCUGAAUGAUGCAGCUGCGAAGAAGUAUGAUCUCGAGGGCUGGUUUCCUGCAUCCCAGACUUACAGAGAGCUUGUGUCCUGUUCAAAUUGUACUGAUUAUCAGUCAAGGAGACUGGAAAUACGAUAUGGUCAGAAGAAGAGCAAUGAACAAGUGAAGCAAUAUGUUCACUUACUAAAUUCUACCCUGACUGCCACUGAGAGGACAAUUUGCAGCAUACUUGAGAACUACCAGAAAGAAGAUGGAGUUGAGGUUCCAGAAGUUUUAAGAGGAUACAUGGGUGGGAAGACAUUCUUGCCUUUCAAGGCCAAACCCGCAACAGAAACUAAAGGGAAGAAGACUAAAGCAUAGCUUUCAUAUUUGGGAAAAUGUUGACAAGAAUUUUAAGAGCCAGAUUUAGUUGGAAUUCAUGACUGAAAGAUUAUGUGGCCCCAGUUCCUGGGGAUCACCAAGGAAGCUGAACCUAGAAAUUAAAACGUGCUUAAAUCUUCCAAUUUUCUUGUUGACUGUCCAUAAACUAGAUAGCUUCAGUUCUGGGUAGUAGUAUCGCUAAAUUUGAUCUUCAUUAUAUGCCGGAUGUAGAGUCUGGUUUGUCUUUGA